AUGGCUUGCUACGCCGCAACUUCCGUGGCCGCCCUUCUAUCUCCCAACCCCAAAGCUUCGACGGCUGCCAGAAAUUCCCUCGCCCCUAGAUCUAUUUCGCUUGCUUCCUCGUUCUCCGGCGGACACUCCGCCGCCCGCGCAAUUCGCUCAUUCUCCACCAGCUUGUCCUCCUCCAAACGACGCAGUUUUGUCGUCCGGGCUAGUGAAGAACUUCCUCUGGUUGGAAAUACAGCUCCAGACUUCGAGGCAGAAGCUGUUUUCGAUCAAGAAUUUAUUAAGGUUAAACUCUCUGAAUACAUAGGAAAGAAAUAUGUUAUUCUCUUCUUUUACCCACUGGACUUUACCUUUGUUUGCCCCACUGAGAUCACUGCUUUUAGUGACCGAUAUGAAGAGUUUGAGAAGCUUAACACAGAAGUUCUUGGUGUAUCCGUGGACAGUGUGUUCUCUCACCUUGCAUGGGUCCAAACGGACAGAAAGUCUGGGGGUUUGGGUGAUUUGAACUAUCCAUUAAUUUCUGACGUGACCAAAUCAAUCUCCAAAUCAUACGGCGUACUGAUUCCCGAUCAGGGGAUUGCAUUAAGAGGACUAUUUAUUAUCGACAAGGAGGGAGUUAUUCAACACUCCACAAUCAAUAACUUGGCAAUUGGUCGUAGUGUUGAUGAAACACUCAGAACACUUCAGGCUUUGCAGUACGUGCAAGAGAACCCGGAUGAGGUGUGCCCGGCUGGAUGGAAGCCCGGGGACAAGUCCAUGAAACCCGACCCGAAGCUCAGCAAGGAAUACUUUUCUGCCAUUUAA